AUGGUGAAUUUAGAAAAAGAGUUGCAUAGAGAGGACUCGAAAAGUCGAAGCAAAAAGCUUUUCUGGGGCAUCACCGCCUCGGUUUUUAUGCUUUUUGUGAUUGUGGUGUUGUCGAAUUUUUUGGCGCGAAAAACUUGCUCACCGGAGGAUAGAGAUGUGGUUGAGAAAGUGUUUGUUCCGACACCUUUUGCUGAAAUCAACGCCGCCAUCAAUCCGGACAAUAUCAAGAAAUACCUGCGAAUGUUCACUAAAAAGCCGCACAUGGCAGGAACAAAAAAUCAGAAAGAAGUCGCCGACACGAUUGAAUCUCUUUGGAAACAUUUUGGACUUGAAGAUGUUCGACAGGUUCCCUAUGAGGUGAUGCUCACCUAUCCCAAGUGGAGUGAACCAAACAAGAUUUCCCUGAAGUUCCCGAAUGGCUCUGUGGUAUUUGAGAGACUCGGAAUCGAGCCGGUCAUCCUUGAAGAGGAACAGGCGGAUCCUCAUGCUGGAAAUCAGUUUCUUGCUUGGUCGGCACCCGGCACAGUCACUGGGAACAUCGUGUUUUGCAAUCGGGGAACGGAAGAAGAUUUUGAUGAACUAGAGGAUAUUGGGAUCUCUGUGAAGGGCAACAUUGCUUUAAUCCGUUACGGGAAACUCUUCCGCGGCGCCAAGGUGUCCAAUGCUCAGAAAUAUGGCGCAAUCGGGGUGAUCUUGUACUCGGAUCCACAAGAUGUUGCGAAAGAUGGAGACGAUGAUGAAAAAGUCUAUCCGCACUCGGUUUGGAUGCCGCACGAGGCCGUGCAACGGGGUUUCCUCCUCAACUCGAUCAGCGGUGACCCACUCACUCCACUCUAUCCAUCGAAACCCGGAAUCUAUCGAACAAAGACCAUUGAUGGGCUUCGUGAAAGUGGUGAUCUCCCAAAAAUCCCUGCUCUACCAAUUCCUUACACAACAGCUUACGAGAUUUUGUCGCGCCUCUGCGGACCGAAAGUGCCUGGGCCUUGGCAAGGCGAUCUGGAGACGGUUUACCGUUUCGGCCCAAAUCUCCUUCACAAUAUCACCGUCACCGUCGAGGUUCAAGCUACUUUUGAGACAAGAACCAUUCAAAAUGUCAUUGGGUACAUUAAAGGCCACGAGGAACCCGACAAGUACGUCAUUCUUGGCAAUCAUUUCGAUGCUUGGGUCUACGGUAGUCUUGAUCCAAACAGUGGUACAUCGAUCAUGACCGAAUUGGCUCGGGCAAUGAUGCAAGUUGUGAAUGAGACUGGAUGGAGACCGGCUAGAACGAUUCUGUUCGCAAAUUGGGACUCUGAGGAAUUCGGCUUGAUCGGAUCAACUGAAUUUGUUGAAGAGUACACACAACAUUUAAUGGAUCGAGCUAUCGUUUAUCUCAAUAUGGAUUGUCUAAGCGGGAAUCUUACACUCGAUGUUGACACGAUUCCAUCAUUGUAUGAUGUGACAAUGAAAGCAGCGAAAAGAGUUGAGAACCCGAACGGAAAUGAGAAGAAACUCGGACGGGCAACUGUUUUUGACACUUGGAUGCACUAUGCACGUGAUGAGGCACAUCCCGAGAGACCCUCAAUGAGUUUCCCAGGCGGGAACACCGAUCAUUCGCCUUUCUUGCACUACCUCACCGUGCCCACAAUCAGCUUUCAAUUUUGGAAUCCGGACACCAGAAACCCCUUAUAUCACACAAUGUAUGAGACGCCUUAUGUCAAUGAGCAGCUGAUGGAUCGCCACAAUUUCUCGACUCAUCGCGCCACCGCUCAAAUCUGGGCUCAAUACGCGUUUCGUUUCGCCGACGCGCGCAUCAUUCCCAUCAACGCAACACGGACAGCUCUCGCCCUCUUUCAGGAUUAUAUCCCGAAUUUGGAAAAACAGUUGAACGAAUUAGAGAAUAGCAAAUUUCUCAAUGACACUUUUGUGCAGCUGAUAUUCUUGAAGAAAGCCACCCUCGACUUUAUGAGUCGAUCAAUGGAUUUUCAUCGAGAAGCUGAAAAUUCGGGGAAACCGACAUUGAUCAAUGAUCAUUUGAUGAAACUAGAAAGAUGCUUUUUCAAUGCCCGUGGUUUACCCGGAAGACCCGACAAUCGACAUGUGCUUUACUCGAUUGACCCGAAAAAUCGCUACUAUGCCCGGGUUUUCGGACCGAUUUAUGAUUUGAUCUCAAAAUUCUCCAAUUCAACUUCAACAUCCGAAUACGCGGAAAUUGAUCGCGAAUUGGCCGAGCAACUCUCAAUGGUUCAACACGCGAUCCACUGUGCCAGAAGUUUGCUCAGAAAUUUCAUU